AUGGCUCCAAUAACAUCUUCAGUCGCAAAGACUGCUCAAUUAGCUGCACAGGCUGUCAAAUACAACAAAACUCCCAUUCACAAGUUGGGUCAAGCGCAAGCAAUGAGAAUGCAAUUCAACAACAACACCUCAAAUAUACUCACUUCAACCCGUAACAACAAUUCCAAAUCUGUCCAACAAGAAAUGACUAUAAGAGACGCCUUAAACUCCGGUUUAGCCGAAGAAUUGGAUCGUGAUGACGAUGUGUUUUUAAUGGGUGAGGAAGUUGGUCAAUACAAUGGUGCUUAUAAAGUAAGUAAAGGUUUAUUAGAUAGAUUUGGUGAAAGAAGAGUCAUUGAUACUCCAAUCACAGAAAUGGGUUUCACUGGAUUAGCUGUUGGUGCUGCUUUCCAUGGAUUGAAACCAGUAUUGGAAUUUAUGACAUUCAAUUUCGCCAUGCAAGCCAUUGAUCAAAUCAUCAAUUCUGCUGCCAAGACCCAUUACAUGAGUGGUGGUAUCCAACCCUGUAACAUUACAUUCAGGGGUCCAAAUGGUGCUGCUGCUGGUGUUGCUGCCCAACAUUCCCAAGAUUACGCAGCUUGGUAUGGUUCAAUUCCAGGUUUGAAAGUUUUGUCGCCAUAUUCGGCAGAAGAUUACAAAGGUUUGAUUAAGGCUUCUAUUAGAGAUCCAAACCCAGUGGUAUUUUUGGAAAAUGAAAUUGCAUACGGUGAAUCAUUCCCAGUUAGUGAAGAAGUACUUUCAUCGGACUUCUUGUUACCAAUUGGUAAAGCCAAGGUUGAAAGAGAAGGUACUGAUAUCACUCUUGUUGGACACUCCAGAGCAGUCAAGUUUGCUAUGGAAGCUGCCGAGAAGUUGAAGCAAGAUUACGAUGUUAGUGCCGAAGUCAUCAACUUGAGAUCGAUUAAACCAUUGGAUGUACCAACCAUUAUUGAAUCCUUGAAAAAGACCAACCAUUUGGUCACUGUUGAAAAUGGUUUCCCUGCAUUUGGUGUUGGAUCAGAAAUCUGUGCUCAAAUUAUGGAAAGCGAAGGUUUUGAUUAUUUGGAUGCUCCUGUUGAAAGAGUCACCGGUUGUGAAGUCCCAACUCCAUAUGCUAAGGAAUUGGAAGACUUUGCAUUCCCAGAUACUGAAACUAUUAUGAGAGCUUCAAGAAAAGUUUUGGGUUUAUAA